UGAUGCGGUGCAAGAGGAAGGCUCUGCACUGAUGGCUGCUUGCAGGGUUGCUUUUCGCCCUUUCCUUCUCUUUCUCCCUUUCCUUUCUCCAGCCGCGUCUCACUUCUUGCCGCUCCAGGAGCUACUCUGACAAGCCUCCUACGUUUAAGGGAUCACCCUCCUUUCUCUUGAACCCGCAAGCUGGGAAGCAAGAGGAAAAGUCUGCGGGGGUCCCAGUGCAACUAGGAUAACAUCACCAAGACCUGGAAAUGGCUUAAGAAUGGUAACUUGAAGAAAGAAACAGAGGGUUUAAUACUGGCUGCACAAGAACAGGCACUCAGAACAAAUGCAAUAAGAGCAAAAGUCAAAAAAUCCACCACAAACAGCAAGUGCCGCCUUUGUAAAGAAGCAGAUGAAACAGUGGACCACCUAAUCAGCUGUUGUAAAAAGAUCGCACAGACUGACUACAAACAAAGGCAUGACAAGAUUCGUGAAUGGAACACCCAGCAAUGCAUCUUUCUUCAGAUACCUUUAAGAGUGAAAACACAGAAUCAGAUUAAAAAUAUAUUGUUGAACAACUGCCACCCUCAUCAUCAUCAUCAUGUUGGACUUUCUAGCUGAAAAUAAUCUCUGUGGGCAGGCAAUUCUUCGAAUAAUCUCUUGUGGAAAUGCUAAUAUUGCUGAACUUCUGAGAUUGUCCGAGUUUAUUCCAGGUGUUUUCCGACUCAAAGACAAGGCUGACCAACAGAAAUAUGGGGAUAUCAUCUUUGAUUUCAGUUAUUUCAAAGGGCCUGAAGCAUGUGAGGGGAAGCUGGAAGCCAAACCUGACCUGCAGGAUUUAGAUGAUGAAUUUCGUGAAAACAACAUUGAAAUCUUAACCAGAUUUUAUCUGGCUUUCCAAAGCGUUCAUAAAUACAUUGUUGAUUUAAACAGAUAUCUGGAUGACCUGAAUGAAGGGAUUUACAUACAGCAAACCCUGGAAACGGUGCUGCUUAAUGAGGAUGGAAAGCAGCUGCUAUGCGAAGCCCUUUAUUUGUACGGUGUCAUGUUGCUGGUCAUCGAUCAGAAAAUUGAAGGGGAGGUCCGAGAGCGAAUGCUUGUUUCCUACUACAGAUACAGUGCUGCCCGUUCUGCUGACUCCAAUAUGGACGACAUAUGUAAGCUGCUUCGGAGCACUGGGUAUUCGAGCCAGCCUGGAGCAAAGAGGCCUCCAAACUACCCUGAGAGCUACUUCAGCCGGGUACCCAUAAGCCAAACCUUCAUCAGCAUGGUUAUUGGCCGCCUGAGGUCAGACGACAUCUAUAACCAGGUCUCUGCGUAUCCAUUGCCGGAGCACCGCAGCACUGCUCUGGCUACUCAGGCAGCCAUGUUGUAUGUGACGCUUUAUUUCGACCCAUCUGUUCUUCACACUCAGCCAGCAAAAAUGAGAGAGAUUGUGGAUAAAUAUUUUCCUGAUAACUGGGUCAUUAGCAUUUAUAUGGGAAUCUCUGUGAAUCUAGCAGAAGCCUGGGAACCUUACAAAGCUGCAAAAACAGCUCUGAACUACACACUUGAUCUUUCCAACGUCAAGGAGCAGGCGAGCAGGUAUGCUACUGUCCGGGAACGCGUCCACAGCCAGGUGCAGCAGUUUCUCAAGGAAGGCUGCUUGAGAGAGGAGCUGGUGCUGGAUAACAUUCCCAGACUGCUGAACUGCUUAAGAGACUGCAAUGUGGCAAUCCGGUGGCUGAUGCUUCACACGGCAGACUUGGCUUGUGACCCAAAUAAUAAACGCCUUCGCCAAAUCAAGGACCAAGUCUUAACAGAUUCCAAAUACAAUCCCAAGAUCCUCUUCCAGCUUCUCCUGGAUACAGCCCAGUUUGAAUUCAUCUUGAAAGAGAUGUUCAAGCAGAUGCUGGCAGAAAAACAAGCAAAAUGGGAAAGUUACCAAAAGGAAGGGUCCGAAAGGAUGGCUGAGCUGGCAGACGUCUUUUCAGGUGUGAAGCCCCUCACAAGAGUGGAGAAAAACGAAAAUCUGCAGGCCUGGUUUAGGGAAAUCUCCAAGCAAAUAAUGUCACUAAAUUACGAUGACUCCACUGCAGCUGGCAGGAAGACUGUGCAAUUGAUACAGGCUUUAGAAGAGGUUCAAGAAUUUCACCAGCUGGAAUCCAACUUGCAAGUUUGUCAGUUUCUUGCUGACACUCGUAAGUUUCUCCAUCAGAUGAUCCGUACCAUCAACAUUAAGGAAGAGGUUCUGAUCACCAUGCAGAUAGUAGGUGAUCUUUCAUAUGCCUGGCAACUCAUCGACAGCUUCACAUCUAUUAUGCAGGAAAGUAUAAGGGCCAACCCAUCUAUGGUAACCAAACUCAGAGCCACAUUUUUAAAGCUGGCUUCGGCUCUUGAUAUGCCACUGCUUCGUAUCAACCAAGCAAACAGCCCUGACCUGCUCAGCGUAUCUCAGUAUUAUUCAGGUGAACUGGUUUCCUAUGUAAGAAAGGUUUUGCAGAUCAUCCCAGAGAGCAUGUUUACAUCCCUCCUUAAGAUUAUAAAGCUGCAGACUCAUGAUAUCAUUGAAGUGCCUACCCGUCUGGACAAAGACAAGCUGCGGGAUUAUGCCCAACUCGGGCCUCGAUAUGAGGUUGCUAAGCUCACACAUGCUAUCUCAAUUUUCACGGAAGGUAUCCUAAUGAUGAAAACAACACUGGUCGGGAUAAUCAAGGUGGACCCAAAGCAGCUCCUAGAAGACGGAAUCAGGAAAGAGCUGGUAAAACGAGUUGCCCUAGCCCUGCACCGCGGACUCACCUUCAACCCUAGAGCCAAGCCCAGUGAACUCAUGCCCAAACUGAAGGACAUGGCAGCUACCAUGGAUGGAUUCCACCGUUCCUUUGAGUACAUUCAGGAUUAUGUCAACAUUUAUGGCUUAAAGAUCUGGCAGGAAGAAGUGUCGCGAAUUAUCAAUUACAAUGUGGAACAGGAGUGCAAUAACUUCCUCAGGACAAAGAUUCAAGACUGGCAAAGCAUCUAUCAGUCCACUCAUAUCCCAAUACCAAAAUUUGCACCUGUGGACGAGUCUGUUACGUUUAUAGGUCGGCUCUGCCGAGAGAUUCUGAGGAUCACAGACCCAAAAGUUGCAUGUUACAUUGACCAACUGAACACCUGGUAUGAUAUGAGAACUCAUCAAGAGGUGACCAGCAGCCGCCUGUUUUCUGAGAUCCAAGACACUUUAGGCACAUUUGGCCUUAAUGGCUUAGACAGGCUCCUCUGCUUCAUGAUUGUGAAAGAAUUGCAGAAUUUCCUCAGGAUGUUUCAGAAAAUUGUGCUGCAUGAUAGAGGCGUACAUGAUGCACUGAAAGCUCUCAUGAACUUUGUCAGCCCUCUGAAGGGAAUUGUGGCCAAUUGUAGCAAAGUGUAUUAUCCAGCAGUUGCCAAAACUCAGAAAAUAUGGGCUGCUUACCUUGAUGCAAUUAUGAAGGUUGGCCAGAUGCAGAUUUUAAGACGUCAGAUAGCCAAUGAACUGAAUUAUUCCUGCAGAUUUGACUCUAAGCAUUUAGCUGCAGCACUGGAGAACCUUAAUACAGCCAUCCUUGCUGACAUAGAGGCGCAUUAUCAGGAUCCAUCACUUCCUUACCCUAAAGAAGAUAACACUCUUCUGUACGAAAUCACAGCCUACCUGGAGGCAGCUGGCAUUCAUAAUCCAUUGAAUAAAAUCUACAUAACCACAAAGCGAUUGCCAUAUUUCCCCAUUGUGAACUUCAUAUUUCUGAUUUCCCAGUUGCCAAAACUACAAUACAAUAAAAGCUUAGGCAUGGUGUGCAGAAAGCCAGCAGACCCGAUCGACUGGCCCCCUCUGGUGCUUGGGCUGCUCACCUUGUUGAAGCAGUUUCAUUCCCGAUACACCAAACAGUUUUUGGCUCUGAUUGGCCAGUUUGUUCGUUCAACGAUGGAACAAUGCACAAGCCAGAAGAUACCUGAAAUGCCAGCAGAUGUUGUGGGUGCCCUUCUGUUCUUAGAAGAUUACGUUCGUUAUACGAAGCUCCCACGAAGGGUUGUUGAAGCCCAUGUGCCUAACUUCAUUUUUGAUGAGUUCCGGACAGUUCUGUGAAUGCUAGAAAAUUUCAUGGCCCCAGCAGAAAAUGUUAAGCAAGAACUCAAGAGGAGUUGGGAAAAGGAAGAAAACAGCACUUCAGAACUGCUUUUUAUUUGCGCCUUGCAGAACUAACUUCAGCUGCAUGAAUUUAGCAUCAUCAUUGGCACUAACCCUUAUACCUAACCCUAUUUUAAAAUCAUGGCAUCACAUUCAGUUGAUUACUUGAUAAAGCAAUGUGCAUUUUGUACUUAACCUGUAAUGUUGAACACAAUUCCUUAUGUUCAAGAUCAUUUAGUUUAUGUUCUUCGUCAGCAGUUUGUGGACACAGAAUGGCAUUUUGUACAGGCAAUUAAAAAAUGACAUUGAAGGAGA